AUGCGCGUCCAGGUUGUAGACGCCUGCGGGCAACCGACGGGUGUUUACGCAGUCCUCAAGGUGUUUGACCGCCACUUCGGCCCAGGGCUCCGGAAACGCGGUAAAUAUACAAUCCUUCACACGGUGCAGGACGAAAAUAACUUUAUGCUCUCCGUCCCGGCCGAGGGCUUCUACGAAGAGGCCUCCAAGGGGGAUAGGAGCUCCGUGUUCGAGGCCGCCCUCCACGAUGACGAAUAUCGAUGGUUCCGGACUGAGACCCGAGCCUAUGACAAACUAGUCAGUAUUAAGGGCGAGUACGUGUCGAACAUGUAUGCCCAUGUCUGUCUUGACAUCAACUCGGCAACUGUGACCAACAACUACGCGUCGAGUCCCGAGUUCUAG